CGCGGGCAAGCACGGCCCGGGCCGGUGCUCCGAGGCCCGCCCGGGAGGGCUGGGGCCGCGCUCAGAAUUUUUAUUUGGACUACCUUGAAAUAUAGUUCCUAAAAAUGCCAGCUUACGUGGAUGUAGAGAAUGACCUGGAUAAAUGAUAAAAAUUAAAAAAGAUAUUUUGGUUUUCUUUUUGUCCACUUGGCACUUGCUUCUGGAAUAAUAUUUACCAUGGUUUUGGAUGACCUUCCAAACUUAGAAGACAUCUAUACUUCCUUGUGUUCAUCAACAAUGGAAGACUCAGAGAUGGAUUUUGACUCUGGACUAGAAGAUGAUGACACAAAAAGUGAUAGUAUUUUGGAGGAUUCCACAAUCUUUGUGGCCUUCAAAGGAAAUAUAGAUGAUAAAGACUUCAAAUGGAAAUUGGACACAAUAUUGGAGAAUGUGCCCAAUUUGUUACACAUGGAAUCCAGCAAGCUAAAGGUACAGAAGGUGGAGCCCUGGAAUAGUGUGCGUGUGACAUUCAACAUCCCCCGAGAAGCAGCGGAGCGGCUACGGACCCUGGCUCAGAGCAACAACCAGCAGCUUCGGGAUCUGGGGAUUCUCUCCGUUCAGAUUGAAGGGGAAGGUGCUAUCAACCUGGCUUUGGCUCAGAACCAAAGCCAAGAUGUGAGAAUGAAUGGACCCAUGGGAGCUGGAAAUUCAGUUAGGAUGGAGCCAGGAUUUCCUAUGGCAAGUGGUCCAGGAUUAAUAAGAAUGACCAACCCGGCCACUGUUAUGAUGCCCCAGGGUGGAAACAUGUCAUCUUCCAUGAUGGCACCAGGUCCCAAUUCAGACCUGCAGCCCAGGACUCCUCGCCCUGCUUCACAGUCAGAUGCAAUGGAUCCACUCCUCUCUGGGCUCCAUAUACAACAGCAGAGUCAUCCCUCAGGAUCUUUAGCGCCUCCACACCCAUUGCAGCCUGUGUCUGUGAACAGACAGAUGAACCCAGCUAAUUUUCCCCAGCUGCAGCAGCAGCAGCACCAACAACAACAGUUGCAGGCAAGACCCCCACAGCAACAUCAGCAGCAACAGCCACAGGGAAUUCGACCCCAGUUUACUGCCCCAACUCAGGUGCCUGUUCCUCCAGGCUGGAACCAGCUGCCUUCUGGAGCCCUUCAGCCUCCUCCAGCCCAGGGUUCUCUGGGCACAAUGACUGCAAACCAAGGGUGGAAGAAGGCUCCCUUGCCUGGUCCAAUGCAACAGCAACUUCAGGCAAGACCAUCCUUAGCCACGGUACAGACACCUUCCCAUCCUCCCCCUCCAUAUCCCUUUGGCAGCCAGCAAGCCUCACAAACCCAUACAAACUUUCCUCAGAUGAGCAAUCCAGGCCAGUUCACAGCUCCUCAGAUGAAGAGCAUGCAGGGAGGGCACUCCAGGAUUCCAACCCCCCUGCAGCAGCCCCACCUCACCAACAAGUCUCCUGCCUCCUCACCCUCCCCCUUCCAGCAGGGAUCCCCUGCAUCUUCCCCAACGGUUAACCAAACUCAGCAGCAGAUAGGACCAAGGCCACCUCAGAAUAACCCACUUCCCCAGGGAUUUCAACAGCCUGUCAGCUCUCCUGGUCGGAAUCCUAUGGUUCAACAGGGAAACGUGCUACCUAACUUCAUGGUGAUGCAGCAGCAACCACCAAAUCAGGGGCCACAGAGUUUACAUCCAGGCCUAGGAGGAAUGCCUAAACGCCUCCCACCUGGCUUCUCAGCAGGACAGGCCAAUCCGAACUUUAUGCAAGGUCAGGUGCCUUCGACCACAACAGCCACCCCUGGGAGUUCAGGAGCCCCUCAGCUGCAAGCAAAUCAAAAUGUCCAGCAUGCAGGUGGUCAAGAAGCUGGUCCUCCUCAAAACCAGAUGCAGGUGUCCCACGGGCCACCAAACAUGAUGCAGCCCAGCCUCAUGGGAAUUCAUGGCAACAUGAACAACCAGCAGACUGGUAGUUCUGGGGUUCCUCAGGUGAACCUGGACAUACAAGGCCAGCCUCAGCAGGGCCCACCAUCUCAGCUGAUGAGCAUGCACCAGCAGAUCGUGCCCUCCCAGGGCCAGAUGGUCCAGCAACAAGGAAGCUUGAACCCUCAGAACCCUAUGAUCCUUUCAAGAACUCCGCUUAUGCCACAGGGCCAGAUGAUGGUGAACCCUCAGAGCCAAAAUCUUGGGCCCUCACCCCAAAGGAUGACCCCACCCAAGCAGAUGCUUCCCCAGCAGGGCCCACAAAUGAUGGCGCCACAUAACCAGAUGAUGGGGACUCAGGGGCAAGUUUUGCUCCAGCAGAACCCAAUGAUAGAGCAGAUCAUGACCAAUCAGAUGCAGGGGAAUAAA